AUGAUGGCCAGAGUUCUGAAUUCCCACUGUUUGCAUACCUCUGGUCAUCCGCGCCAAAGCCUCCAUCACCUCUCUCCCUAUCUUUGUUUUCGUCCCCUACAGUCAGGUCCCCUGCGUGACCGUCUCGUUGCGGGUACCGCCCUCACAGACAUUGAACCGAUGGCUAUGGAUACCAACGUCACCUUUGAGGACGUUGGUGGCCUUCAGGCACAGAUACGUUCGCUGCAGGAAAGUGUGCUGCUGCCCUUGGUCUACCCAGAGGUCUUUGAAGGCUUCGGCAUCGAACCGCCCCGGGGUGUUCUUUUCUACGGUCCUCCAGGUAACGCUUAA